AUGUCAGAUAAUCCACAAUCAAAGAAUGGAGCCCCUGCGAAACCUGCUAAUUACAGAAGAUUGACUGAUGAUGAUUUAUUCAGACAUUCGUCUCAAUAUAGAUUUUGGUCAUUCACUCCAGAUCAGUUAAAACAAAAGAGAAUCGAAGUAAAUGCUCAUGCCGUAGUAUCAGUAGAAGAGGAUCUACGUAAAUUCAUUGCAGAACAUAGGGAUAAUUUGAGUGAUGAAGAAUUGAGAACGAUCGAAGAGAGGGCAGUGCCAGUUAACAUGGAUGAAGAAGUUAAACUAGUGAACUUUUAUGCAAAAAAAGUGCAGGCAAUUGCCCAAAGAUUGAACCUACCCACGGAGAUUGUCGCAACGGCUAUAACGUUCUUUAGAAGGUUUUUCCUUGAAAAUUCUGUCUUGGAGAUUGAACCCAAGACCAUCGUAUUCACAACUAUAUUUCUGGCAUGUAAAUCUGAAAACUACUUUAUUGGCAUUGAUUCAUUUGCUGCAAAGACAAAAGGUUCCAAAACUGAAAUUUUAAAAUACGAAUUUAAAAUAUUAGAAAAUCUCAAAUUCUGCUUAAUGAAUCACCAUCCUUACAAGGCUCUACAUGGAUUUUUCCUCGAUAUUCAAGUUAUCCUUCAUGGUAAAGUUGAUUUAAAAUAUAUGGGUCAAAUUUACGAUAGAUGUAAGAGAAGGAUUACCAAUGCAUUACUCACAGAUGUCGUUUAUUAUUAUGCGCCACCACAAAUAACUUUAGCGGCUCUCAUGUUGGAAGAUGAAGCUCUAACGACGAGAUAUUUAGAAUUAAAAUUCCAUGGUAAUACAGAAACUGAAAACCCAAACCAAGACGCUAAUGUUUCCAUAAAUUUUGAUAAACUGAUAUCCAUGAUUAAUUCUUGUAAAGAUAUUAUUGAAAACGCACCUCCAGUACCUGUGGAAGAGGCGAAGGCAAUAAUGGCUAAAGUACUUUACUCUCGAAAUCCACAGGUACUACUGAAUAAACUGAAGAGGAAGAAUCCAUCAGAGAGUCCUGAGGACUCACCUGACAAAAGACCCAAAACUUAA